CCUUUCCCUUCGUUCUCGUCAUCUUCUGUAGAAGAAGAAUCGCACGUGCCUUGACCUGACAAAGAUUCCACAGAAAAUCCAUGAAAUCCGCUGUCAUCUGAAACCGCCGAGUCAUUGCCCAGUGUUCAUUUAUAAAAUGCUCACCGUGCUUGUCAGCCCAAACAAACGCAAUUAUUUAUAAAUAUAUAAUAAACUAAUAAUAUUAUUAUAUUUAGGGUUUUUUUCUCUGCUUAAUCCCCAGCUCUGUGCUAUUUCCACGUCUCCCUCUCACAGGAAACAAGCAAGCUCUAAGAGAGAGGGAGGGAGAGUCAAGUAGAGAGUGGAGACAAAGAAAAGUUUUUGAUAGAUUUUAGUGAUGGGAGCUCUCGCUCCAAUUUCUCCUUGGUUACCAGAAGAUGACCUUCUGCUAAAAAACUCUAUUGAGGCUGGUGCUUCCUUGGAAUCACUUGCUAAAGGUGCGGUGCUUUUCUCCAGGAAAUUCACUGUUCAAGAACUGCAAGCUAGGUGGCAUUCUCUUCUUUAUGAUCCAGUUGUUUCUGCUGAGGCUUCUUUUCACAUGAUUGAUUUUGAGCGUUCUGCACCCACUCUACCAUCAAAAUUCAGUAGAGCUGGAAAUUCAAAAGAAAACAGAAAAUUUUCUGGUAAGAGAAAAGUAGAAACUGUCCGCAGUUGUUAUUAUGCUUUGCAUAAGAGAAUUCGAAAUGAACCUUUUAACCCUAUGGAUUUGAGUUUUCUUGUUGCACAUGGCAAUGAAAAUUUCUUAGGAAAUGAAGAAGAACCUCUAUCUGGAAACUGCAUGCUGAGCCAUCCAAUGCCAAAUCAUUAUGGACUACAAGAAUUGAAUUUGGAUAAUAUGGCGCAUGCUUUUCCUGAACUGGAUGGUGGAACUGUUGGUGAGAAUGGUUGCCUAGCUCAUGGUUUUCAUGGGGAACUUGUUCACCCAGUUGAUGAAGAUUUUGUUAUGCAGCAUGAUAAUAUUCAAGAAGAUAUUCCUGAUAUAUUUGAAGAGAAUCCUCCUUUUACAAGGCAUGGCCCUGGGCUUGAGGAUUUGGGUCAACCAAAACUUCCUGGCCUGUUUGGAGCAGAACAUUUAGAUGCAAAUCCACCAUCUGCCUAUGGACAAAUUCAUAAUGAUCCAGGAAAUGUUUGUUCUGAGUUUGAAGGUAACCAGGUCUUUCAUGCACCUAUUCCUGAGUGCAAUGGUUCAUUUCAGAACUUGGAGUACCCAUCUCCACUUCCUGAGAUGCCAAUCUGGAAAGCAGUUGAAGAGAUAUCAACUCCAGCUAUUCCAGUUGAUGACAGCCUUAGAGAAAAAGAUAUGCAUACUGGAGAUACAUUUGCACUUAAUGAUGAUGGUGGUGAGGACACAAGUGCACCAGGAUGUGACUUUGUCCAUGCAGAUUCAAAUUUAAAGAUACAGAUGUCAUGUGAUGAUUCAAAAAGUCCUGCUGCUAGCACAGAAAAUUAUCUGGCUGAAUUGUCUAAUUCUCUUCUCAACUUUACAAAUGAUGAACUCCUCCUUAUGGAUGUUGAUGGAAAAGAAAUAAUUGAUAAGACUUACUAUGAUGGUCUUUCACUUUUGUUGAGUUCACCAAAUGAGGUCAAUGAAGACCGCUUGCCCACUGCAGAACAAGAGACACCGGCUACCCUAUCAAAUUCAUGUGGUAUACUUCCUACAGAGUCAGUUGGAAAAGUCCAAAUGCAAUCUUCUGCAUCUGCUCUGGAUCCUCAUCCUGAACUGGUUGAUGGAAUUAUUUGCUGCACAUUGAACACGGAAGAUCCAGAUAUUCCUUCCAAUGAUGAUGUUUUCCUACUCAUUCAUACACACCGUCCCUCAUCUCCCAUUGCUACCCAGCGCAAUUUUAAAGAAGUUGGUAAUCCAAUUUCUAGCUCUGUUAGGGACUUUCGAAGCAGCCAAAGUUCUAAUGAAGGAAAUCCAGUCUUGAUGCUGAGAGAUCAGGAAAACCUUGUACAAUCUCAUGUCUCAUCUGAAAUGAUUGGAUCACAGGUGAUACCAGAAAAACGUCAACUGCACUUGGUUCUUGAUUGUGGAGUUAAAUUUAAGUCCCCACAUUUGGCAUCUAGAACUUCAGCUAUUGCUUCUGGUGGUUCCAAACAAAUUAAUGCAGUGAAUAUUGGCACAGACGCUCUUCAGCAUGCAAGACUGAAGGAAGAGAAUGAGGAGAUAGCAUUGGUGAAGGAUCUUGGUUGUUCCUUGAUGGAUUCUUUUCCAGAGAAGCCAGCUAUUGGCUCUGAUGGCUACAAAAGCCAUGAAAGAAAUGCUAGUGGCAUUAAACAGGAAUUAGAUGCUCUGGAAGCUAUUCAAGAUCGUCAAGCAUCAAAUGCAGAAGCAGGAUCUAUAAAUAUCCCUGAUUCAGAACCUGUCAUAAAUCCUCCAACUUCAGAGAUAGAGCUAUCAAUUGAGAGUGAUGAUGAUGUACCAUAUUUUUCUGAUGUUGAGGCAAUGAUACUUGAUAUGGACUUGGAUCCAGAUGACCAGGAUUUAUAUGAGCAGGAAGUCUCAAAAUAUCAGCAUGAAGAUUCUAAGAAGGCGAUUAUGAGGCUUGAACAGGGUGCUAAUGCUUACAUGCAAAGAGCCAUUGCUUCUCAUGGAGCCUUUGCCAUUUUGUAUGGCCGCUAUUCAAAGCAUUAUAUUAAGAAACCAGAGGUUUUACUUGGUAGAGGUACAGAGGAUGUUAUUGUUGACAUUGACUUAGGAAGAAAAGGGCGUGCAAAUAAAAUAUCUCGACAGCAGGCAAUCAUAAGUAUGGACAAAGUUGGAUCUUUUCAUUUGAAAAAUCUCGGCAAGUUUUCAAUAUCAGUAAAUAGCAAGGAAGUAGCCCCUGGACAGAGUCUGACCCUUAAUUCCAGUUGUUUGAUUGAGAUAAGGGGAAUGCCAUUCAUAUUUGAGACAAACCAAACUUGCACAAAACGGUACCUGGAUAGCAUCUCCAAAGAAAAACCAAAUUCAUGAGCUCCAAGUUUGAAUCAUCGCUCAAAUAUCAUGAACUAGAAUGCCAUGCCCUCAGAAGGUGCUAAUUUUUGGUUGCACUUUCUGGGUUCCUUUUUCCAGCCAUGUUUGCAUCUGUAGUAUUGUAACUAGGUCUUUUGGAUGAAGGGAGAAUAGGAUACUUACUAAUUCUACAAGGCAUUUUGUAUUUCAUAGAGCUAUUUCUUCUCUGACAUUUGUAUGCAUUUGGGUGAGACGUAGGUUAUAUUGGUAAUAAUAUCGCGUCAUCCGCAAGGAGCCAACUGCAUCUCCCUUAAAACUUUAGUCAAUGGGACUAUAAGCAAUGAUCGGAAACUCAGACUGGACCGGACCUUUCAAUUCAACCUGGAUCCAAAGCCAACACUCUCUAGGGGAAUGGUCCAAUGGCUAGAGUUUAACCAGGCAAGCUACUACAUUGGGUUGUGGUUUAAAGGAUUUGCGGACUUUAACAGGUAGCAAUGCUUUUUUUGAGUAACACCAUGUACACGAAAAAUGAACAUAAAUUUAAAUACAAAUAAUGACAUGUUAUUAUA